AUGAAAACUGCAGAGGGGUUAUGCAAUGGCUGGGCCACACUCUCCAGCCUGGUCUGCACCUGCCCUCCAGGCCUGGCUCUGCUCAGCACUCGGCCUCCACGUGAAGAGUCCGGAGCCAAACGAGAGGCAGACAAACCCUCUCUUCAAAGACUCCUGAGGCUGGACUGUGAUGGGAGGGAGGGUGUGACAGAGGCAAAUAAAUUGCGAGCGUCCACGUCGGAGCAGCUUGAUCCAACAGGUUUCACCAUGGAGUUGAGAGGAGUGUGCGUGCUGCUGGGAGUGCUGCUGCUCAUCGACAGCUCCUGUCUACAGCAGACUACAGCUAAGAAGAGGCCGGUAAAGAAAGAUACAUCAAAGGAUGUUGCCGUUGUGGAGCUGCAGAGACAGAUCGACGACAUCAUACAGGAGCUCAACCUGCUGAAGGAGCAACAGGCCCUGCAAACAGUCUGUUUAAAAGGUAUAAAGAUCCACAGAAAGUGCUUUUUGGCUGACCCUACAAGGAAAAGCUAUCACGCUGCCAGUGAGGACUGCAACGCCCUGGGCGGGAACCUCGGCAUGCCCACGUCCAGCGAGGAGAACGCUCAGCUCCGGGACUACGUCCGCCAGAGCAUCGGGCCAGAUGAACAGGUCUGGCUGGGUUUCCACGACAUGACCUCCGAGGGCAUGUGGAUGGAUCAGAACGGCCACACCAUCACGUACAAAAACUGGGACACCUCCAACUUCAGGUCCCCACAGCCAGAUGGAGGCAAGUCUCAAAACUGCGCCGUCCUGUCCGGGGCCUCACAGGGGAAGUGGUCUGAUGAGAACUGCCGGGAGGAGAAGCCCUCCAUCUGCCAGUUCAACAUCAUCUGAUCCCAUUUAUAUGAUAAAGCUGCUUUGUGUACGCGUGUUUAUGUAUUUUCGUGCAAUCCUGCUGCCUGCUACUCUAAACAGUUUAGACCAGUGGUUCUCAAUGGUAUCAGGACCAGAGGGAAAGCAGAGGUCACAGUUAGUUACAUGAGAGGGUUGUUUAUGGACAAAAGUGAUGUGCUGGUAUAUCAUUUGCAGCAUUCUUUGUGGCCACAAUAAAGCGGAGAGCAACUCAAUUCAGUCUGGAGUAAAGGACUGUGGGAACAUUGCAGUCCUCAGCCGUUUCAAGCAUUUUUGUCAAUAGAAAAAAAAAAUCAAAAUAUUUCAGAGGCCUAUUGAUACAAUAAAAUGCCAUUUUUAUAUUAAAAGUCGGUGAGUUGGUGCUGGCACUGAUCACAAAUGUAAAAAAAGGGGGUGUAACUGGUUGGGAACCACUGAUUUAAACUUCACUUUGUGACAAAAGUCACACAAAGCUACAAUCAUGACCAAUAUUGCUACUUUUUUUAAAAACAUAAUCUUCAAUUAUUCCCAUUUGCUGAGUUUCUUGUCUCUUGUAACGUCUAGCCUGACAUAAUGUAACCUUUAAAAUGACUUUCAAUAAACUAUGAACAUCCA